AUGGCGGCUUAUUUCAACAAUCACGUCCAGUUUACGGAGCUGUCGGAUCCGGCCGAUAACUCGUCGAAAUAUGCAUGUGUGAUUUGUGGGCAGCCAAGCAAUGGAUAUCAUUUUAGAGUGCAGGUAAGCAAGUUUUGUUGGGGGAUUUUGGGAGCUUGGAAGAGCCAUUAUAAUAGAUUUUGGGAUUUUAUGAUCAACUGAGCGGUAAAAAAGAACAAAAACAUUACAAAUUCAAAAAAAUCGAACAUGAAAUUAUCCCUUGACAAUAAAUCUUGAAAGAAAUCAACUGGGGUUUUGAAUAAUGGAACUUUUAAUAACAUAAUUAUAGUCCUGCCGAGCCUGCGCUUCAUUUUUCCGCCGAUCAGUUGCUGAAAAACGAGUCUACGAAUGCCGGAGGGACAACAACUGUGAAGUGAAGGGUGAGUUAAAAACCAAUCUUUCUGAAAUUAUUGUUUAGGAGGAAUGCGGAAUGUCUGCCGAGCCUGCCGCUUCAGAACUUGUCUCGAGUCUGGAAUGCAAAGUGAGUUGCUUCAAGGGAUUGUCACCGCAAACAGUACUUAGAGCUAAAAGCUUCAGGAUUAAGUGGCUUUUAGCCCCAUGGGUGAGCGAAAUGAAAAAAUAGGCACUUUUAACUUACUAUAAUAAGUUGGGCAGUAUGCGUAAUUUUUUUUGUGGCUUUUUGGCUUAAAGCUGCUAUUUAUGGCCAAUGACGGCCAUUUUUAACUCCUGUGAGGUGGAGAGUUCUUUGAGUCUGGUUUUGCAACCUUAUAAUGCGAUAGCCUUCCGGAAAGGCACAGGACUGAUUUUGGUGCUUGCACUGUGCGAAAAAAGUCACGGUGGGACGACAGCUGAAAAAAGCUUAUUGCACGGUGCAAAAAACAGAUAAUUGCACAGAGCAAAGAAAAGUUUUGUUUCCUCAUGCUGCGUAUCGCCGAUUAGUACGCGACUUUCCACAAAGACUGUCAAAUGCAUUACAAAUUUCUGUUUCAAAAUAUCUUCAUUACUUUUCAGAAGACGAAGUGACCAACGAAAGCGACGGCCAGUCCAACGGCUAUGGCUAUGGCCCUAACGGAGUAAGCAGCCUUAAAUCUUUCUGAUUUUUCUCGAUUUAGGCUUACACUUCCGGCCCAAUAAAUUCCGAUCCAUCUCUCCCAUUCGAGGUCAAAUACCCAACCUUGGCCCGGCUAAUCAGCGGUUAUGAGAUCUUCCUGAACGCACAGAAAACCAUUUUGAUGGCCAAAUAUGGAGAUGAGAUAAGUGGAGGGCGGAUGAGGUUGAUCACCAAGAAGGAGCAGUUGAAUAUUGAACGAGCUUGUCUGCAUUUGCUUUUCAACAUGUUUGAUGGGUAUUAUGAUCCUAUAAAGAACUUGAGCCAGCAGCAAAAAGUGAGUUCAUGCUGGAUUGGAUUUUUCAGAAAGAUAGUGCCAGUAAAAGCUGAAAAAAUAUUUUGUUACAUUCUUUAUGCAUGUAUAUUAUAAUUAUUUUGCAAUUUUCAAUAUUGCCGGCUCUUUUUUAACGGAGCUCCACAAAAAUAUAAAAAAAACGUUCUUUCUCUGACCAUUCCCCACCAUUUUCUAUUGUCUCUCCUCUGCAGAAAUCAUCAUAUCUUUUGGCAUUGCCAAUUCCUAACCUCAAAAUGAUCAACUCGUAUUUAACGCUUUGCAGAUCACCCUAAUCGAGACCUUCUGGCGUCAGAGUGGCAUUAUUCACCGCAGUUACCUCACUUCCCUUCAAUUCCAAGACCUCGAUGACUCAAGAAUGGUCAUGUUCCCCAACCUGUACAUGGAUCGAAACAAAAUGUGCGAAUACUUGGCCAACGAUGUGCCAGAAAGCCAUAUCCAAGACUAUAUCAAGUAUGUUUCGGUUAAUCAAAUUUUAAUUUUGAUUGUUAGAUUGCGAGCGCCAAUUAUGGAGAGGAUUUUCCGCGUGGUCUACAAGGUUAAGGAGCUGAAAUUGAGCAUGGCCGACACGGUGACGCUGAUCUGCACUUCGUUGUGGAGUGAUGGUAGGUAUUUCAAUAAUAGAAAAAAUAUGGAAAAAAUUGUUUUUUUGGUAAUGAAUAAUACAAUGAUGAAGACCGACAAAUUUUGAUGAAAAUUAGGUACAGUAGGGGAGUACUCCCCCAUUAAUUCUGAGGUUAAUAAUCUUUUUUUGCCUAGUUACAUACCUUCAACCUCCGUAACUUUGAUUAUGUUAGUAUCAGGCUUACAAACGUAAUAAAAUUCUUUGUCUCCUUACAAGGGAAUUGCCCAAAGCGCGAAGCACAGAUUUGCCUAAAUUUAGCACAAACAUCUAGACACAACACACAAACAUCUAGGCCACAUGGCGGGCCCACACUUACGGGCAACCACUUUACGAGCAGCUAGAAGAACUACGGAGAUUCUGCGGACAUGUUUAAAAUCAGCCAACAUUUGCUUGCAAUAGGAAAUUUAUGGAUUUGGCAUUUAGAUGUAGCGGAUUAAGUUUUCUGGUGGAUAAGUAUCUUGAAUAGUGACAAUAAAGUCAACCAGGCAUUUUUACCAUUUUUGGAAACUCCCAUAACUUUGAAAGCGGUUGGUGAAUUCAACAGGCCCAGGGCCGUACUGUACUUAUCUGCACCACGGAGUUGUCAUUUCACAAUUUCUCUCAUGAAACAUAGACUACGGGAAGAUAAUCGUAAUUCUUUUCUACAGGUUCCAUUUUUUAAAUUUUAACCUACGCUUUCCGGAAAAAACAGCUUUUUCCUUGAAAAAAAUAAUGACGGAAUCAUGAAAACAAGGUUCAUACAUAAUAUUAAAGGAAACUACCGCGUAUUUUACAAAAACUUUCUUUAUAAUACGCAAUUUUCAGCCGAGCGUCUGAACAUGUCCAAUCCCGAAAUCAGCGCCCAUCAGAAGACCGUGAUGAACGAGUGGUCGUCAAGUCUACAGGAAAUCUACGGCCCUAUCGACACUUCAGUCCGCAUUGCCAAGUUGAUGUGUCUUCUCGUUGAUAUGAACCACGUAACGAAUGCGUUGAAGGAGGAGAGAAUGUUGACCCGGAUAUUCUGCCCCUGUAUCGGUGACGAUCAAGCACUUCUGGACGGCGAAGACGACGAGGAAGCACAUCACUGCACACGAUACUAA